AUGAGUUCACUCAAUAACUUGGACAAAGAAAAUAUAUGCGUAUUGGAUGUUCACAUAAGUGAGGAUGCCUACAAAGAGAUCAAUUUUGUAGAAAUCAUUCUAUCGACGUUAAAUGUCGAAUUUUGGUUGGAAAUAUGGAAAUUUAAAAAAGAUUAUCGAAAUGAAAUCUCCCCCAAAAUUGGUUUUGAACGUGUUCAACCAUUCAAUAUUCGCAUCACAACUACUGAUGCUCCCUUAAAACGACUAUGGAAGAGAUGCAAGAAAUUAUAUCAUGAGGUGUUUAAACCUUUUACCCGUCCGUCAUUAGGAUUAGGAGAAUUGCGAAUGAAACAACCAAAAGAAAAACAGUGUCAAAUGAAGCAAAAGCAACAACGGCAUGUUUCUUUUAGAUGA